CGAGGUAUAUAUCAUAAGGUAUCAGAUGGCGCUACGAAUAUUGUUGGAUCACACACGUUAUUAAUAAUAGAAAAAAUAUCACAAUAUACAGUUGUUGAAAUAUAAUAAUUAUUUAUAAAUACAUAUUAUAAAUAAUUACACAUUUUUAUCGCCAAUACAUUUAUGUUUUCUCGUUCACAAUAAAUACAUACAUAAGUAUAACAGUGCUAAUAUUUUGUAAUAUUGUUAGGAAUUAGAUACUGUGUAUACUUAUAAAAAUCCGUGUAAAUAAUAAAAACAGAAAACGAGAAGAAAGUAGGCUUAAAAUGAACAGCAUUAGGAUAUUAGCUUUUCAGUUAAUAAGAUUAUACAGUUCCAAACCUGCUUCUGGAACUGCUGGCAUUCGAGGACGACUUAGAUUAGAGAAAAUAUCACAAUUACCAGAUGAUACAGAAGAAACUAAUGUUGAAGAUUUAGAUGCAUACACAUCUGACUUUAUGGACGUUGGGAAAUCACAUACAAUGCACCAAAGAGAAUUGCAAAUGUCUAAAGAGAAAUUGAAACAACGUAUCGUUAAAAGGAAGUAUUUUAAAGAAGUGGAACCAAAAUUCCUUACAUUCAUGGAAAAAGAUCAAAUACGAAAAUUGCACCAAAGUGACCCAAUGGAAUGGACACCGGAAAAAUUAAGUAUGAGUUUUCCAGCCUUACCUGAAACAAUCAGAAGUGUUUUAAAGGCAAAAUGGAUACCUAAAUCACUAGAUAGCAUUAUUAAAUAUGACACUGGAGUUGUCAAGAAUUGGAAGAAUUUUAAAACUGGUAAACUAGUAGUAAAUCCUGUUCUACGUGAACAUUUAAUGAAAUUCAAAGACAGAAAAAUCGCUAUACCUGAUAGGGAGGUAUUAAAAGAAAUGUUUGGGUCUCUAAAAAUGGAAUUUCCAAAGCCAAAAAGUUCAACAUUUUCAAGCAUCCUAAAAGAUGUAAACGAGAAACAAUCAGAAAUUUCAAACAAUCAAAAACAAUCAGAAAUUCAUUUUCACAAUCAGAAAUUGAUUUCUACUAAAAAUGAAAUAAAUAAAAGUGAACAAACAUUGUAUCCUAAAGAGAAGAAUGAUGCAGAAAAGUCUAUUACAUGGGUAAACAACUCUGACUGUACAAAGACCGAUAAACCAAAGUCUAUUGCAGUUAAGAAGAUAUUAACUUUCGACGAAUUUAUCAAAGUACAAUUGAAACAAUUGUAUAACACGUCCCCAGAAGAAAGCAUAACAUUAUUGCAAACGUAUAGAAAAUAUGUGGAAUCAACUAAUUUAGAAGAUGCAAAGUCUAAUAAAUCUAGCAGCUUUGUAGAACAAGAAAAUAAAGAAAAUGUAGUUCCAACAAAGAAUGUACCAACAGUUAAAGAAAAUGAAAUUCAGACUGAAGUAGCAAAUAUAGUAAAUACAGAACGCAGUAACAGUAUAGAUACUUAUGUAAAGGAAUGGAAAACAGAUAUAGAUACAGAAUUUGAAUAUGUGAAACCUAUAAAAAUUCCUAAAAACGUAUGGAAACAUGGUAUGACGUACAGAGUUAAGGAUUGUUAUUACGAUGCUGAUGGAGCAUUUCUGUACAGAGUACCGGGAUUAAAAUCAUAAUAUGUAUAUUUAAUCAUAUAUUAAAAAAAUAAAAUUUUGUGGAGUUGUAAUUAUGGUAUCUUCUGUGCUAACAUUUUGAACUGUACAUUUAAAGUAAACUAUUUUGAUGAGAAAGCAAGUAAAUACAUUUUAUUAUGAGAGUUUA